AUGAGUAAAUAUGAGGCGACAGAUUCUGAUUACGGAGAAGACGGAGAAAUAAGAUAUAACGCCACUAUCCCUUUGAAGUGGAGGAAUAACGUAACAUUAGUCAAUAACACUGUAAAUAUUAUCGGUUUUGAUAGAGAAGUUAUGGGUUCUAGUGACUUAGUUCAGUUAACAAUUGAAGCAGUAGAUGGCGGAACUCCCGAACGAACUGGAAUGGCGGUUGUUAUAAUAAACGUUACAGGCGUCAAUGAUAACACGCCAUUGUUUCAUCCAGAAGAUAAAAACAUAACCAUUUAUCUGAAAGAAGGGAGUAAAUACGAUGAUAUACAUACAUCCAAGGCUUUUGAUGCUGAUAUUGGAAUUGGAUCGAUUAUAUCCUAUCGUCUAUCAAAAGGAAAUGAAACAUUUAGUAUUGACAGAGACAACGGUGUCAUUUCUUCAAAAAAGACACUGUUGAUAAACAACUCAAUCAAAGGAAUUCUUACGGCUGAAGUAGAAGCAUUCAAUAAUGGUAGCAGUAAGACAGAUAAACAAAACAUCACUGUCAUAUUGCAGGAUAUCAACAACAAGAAGCCUAGCUUUAAAGAGAAAAAGUACAAGAAGACAGUAAAUGAGUGCACUGAGUCUGGCACAAAGAUUCUACGCGUAAAUGCUUCUGAUGCGGACACAACAGCACAGUUUAACACGGUGACGUACUGGUUGGAGGAAUACAACGAAACAUUUUACGUAGAUCACAGCACCGGUGAUCUGUUCUUGGUCGGACCUUUAGACUGUGACCCACCACACAACAUAACCAACUACACAUUUCAAAUUUUUGCAACAGAUGACAUCAAACAGAAAAAUAAAUCCAUUUUCACCACCGUUGAGGUUACUGUUUCCAACUGUAACGAUAAUGCACCCGUCUUUACAGAAGACGUUUACAAAUGUGAAAUCCCGGAAAACAAAACUGGAGAAUUCAACUGUUCAGUGAAAGCGUUUGAUCUUGACGGAGACACACUUGUUUAUGAAAUUGUCCAACCGAGUCAAAAACCGAAUUUUAACAUAUCGUCUGCAAGUGGGACGUUGUCGGUGGUAAUUCAAUUCAACUUCGAUGCUAUGGAUAAUAAAGAGGUGUUUCUGAAUGUUUCAGCUAGCGACAAGAAUUAUACGAGAUACGUUUCCGUCACUGUAAAUAUAAUAAACGUCAACGACGAGGCACCAAAGUUUUCGAAUGAGAUAUACAACUUCAGUAUAGCAGAGAGCAAUAGGACAAAACUGAUUGUUGGUCAGAUAUCAGCAACCGAUAAGGAUGGCGAUCUUAAUAAGCUGCAGUACUCUUUGAAAGAUAGCGGUGUGUUUGGUAUUGGCGGCGAUGGAUAUAUAACAACAACAGGUGUUUUGAUUGAGGCACAACAAAUUAAAUUUGCAGCAACUGCUUUUGAUGCUGAUAUUGGAAAGGGAUCAAUUAUAUCCUAUCGCCUCGUGAAAGGGAAUGAAACAUUCAGUAUUGAUGAAAACAGUGGUAUCAUAUCUACAAAUGAUGUACUAUGGAUAAAAGGGUCAAAUAAAGGGAUUCUCAAGGCUGAAGUAGAAGCUUUCAAUGCUGGUAGUGAUAAGAAAGACACACAAUGCAUAACCCUCAUUUUGCAGGAUAUCAACAACAACAAGCCUGUCUUUAAACAUAACCGAUACACGAAGGAAGUAGACGAAUGCUCUGGUCCUGGCACAAAGAUUCUACGAGUAAAUGCCACUGAUGCAGACACAACAGCACAGUUUAACACGGUGACGUACUGGUUAGAGGAAUACAACAAAACUUUUUAUGUAGAUCACAGCACCGGUGAUCUAUUCCUGAUCGGACCUUUAGACUGUGACACCCCACAGAACAUAACCAACUACACUUUUCAAAUUUAUGCUACAGAUGAUGUUAAGAUGGAGAAUAAUUCCAUUUUCACCACCGUUGAGGUUACUGUUUCUAACUGUAACGAUAAUGCACCCGUCUUUACUGAAGACAUUUACCAAUGUGAAAUCCAAGAAAACAAAAUUGGAGAAUUCAACUGUUCGCUGCAAGCGUCUGAUCUUGACGGAGACACACUUUCCUACGAAAUUAUGAAAUCGCCACAAACAGAAAAUUUCAAUAUAUCUUCUCCAAAUGGGUUGUUGUCGGUUGUAACGCCAUUCGACUAUGAUAAAAUGGACACUAAGGAAGUGUUUCUGAAUGUUUCAGCAAGCGACAAAAAGUACACGAGUUACGCCACAGUCAUAGUUACGAUUGUAGAUGAGAAUGACGAAAGGCCAGUAUUUGAAGGAGUACCGUAUGUUUUUAAUAUAACUGAAAACAUGACGAUUGUGCCACACCUUGUGGGAAGUGUAAGAGUGUCGGAUGUUGAUAGCAGCUUUAAUCUUUCGUUGAACAGGACAUGUUCAGAUACUUACAAUAUAUCAGUAUCUGAAAAUGGUGAUAUAAUAGCAAACCGAAGGUUUGAUUAUGAAGACGGGACACAUUCUCUUCACUGUGAAAUAAUGGCCAGAGAUAAAUUGACAGAAGUUGUGAAACAGGAUCUAACAAUUAACAUAAUUGACGUAAACGACAACGCACCAGUUUUUGCAAAUGAAUCAAGCGGUGUUUCAAUAACAGAGAAUGCCAGUAAAGGAACAUCCGUGAUAGAAGUAUCAGCAAGUGACGCAGAUAACAGUUCAAUGUAUAACCAAGUGACAUACAGUAUUUUUGGUGGUAAUCAUAUGGAACUAUUCAAGAUCAAUGCAAAUACUGGAAUGGUGUCGACAGAUCAAAGUUUGGCCAGUCACGGCGGAGAGAACAUAGUCUUAAUAAUUGCCGCGGAAGACAAUGGCAUUCCACCAUUGGCUGCUUAUAGCCGUUUGAAAAUACACAUUGAAAAUGAAAAUAUUCACAGACCCGUUUUUCAGCAGCAAUCGUAUGUCGCAAGUGUGAAGGAGGAUAAUGGAACUAUCAAAAUAUUACAGGUAUUUGCGACAGAUGAAGAUAACGAUCUACUUUACUACACAGUCUUGGACCAUACAGACGUAUUUCAUUUCAACAACACUAGCUUAUUAGCAAAAGAUCUUGAUGCAGAGGCAUUUAGAAGUACGGAUGGCCGGUGUUAUUUCACGAUUCAAGUAUCAGAUGGUACCUAUAAUGAUACUGCCACAGUAAAUAUCACUGUCAUCGAUAUAAAUGAUAAUGCUCCCUCUUUUUCUUAUAAUUCGGGAAAUUUCUACAACUUGACAUUAAACGACACGGCAGUGACCGGUGAAAACGUUUUAAAUAUAACAGCUAAGGACCGUGAUAUCUCUAAUACUGGUUUUACCUUUAUUCUGUAUGGCGGGGAAGGAGACUUUGAAAUUAAUUAUUCUAAUGGACAACUAAAGCUGAUGCAGGCUUUUGGAAGGAAUGGGAAAUUUUACAAUAUGUCAGUGAUAGUGAUUGACCACGGAAAUCCACCAAAAUCCAGCACAGCCCAAGUUAUAAUUCAUGUACAGGCUACCAAUCAAAACUGGCAUUUUAAUAGCAGUUUUGAAUUCAAUUUCUCUGAAAACAGUAAAUCUGAACAAGCUUCAAUUGCUGCGACAUCUGACAUUACCAUUACAUAUGAGAUCAUUUCCGACAACAGUUUUGAUAAUCAUGAUAUAUUUAACCUGAACAAGUCAACCGGUUUGCUGACUGUUGCCAAUGAAGCAAAUUUGUUAAAUUUUGAAAAACAGUCAAAAUAUGAGUUAGUAGUUAGUGCUUGCGAUAGCGCAGUGUUUCAAAGGAAAUUCACGGCAAAUGUUACCAUCAAUGUCCUUGAUGUGAAUGAAACACCUAACAUUACAAAAUAUGACAAGCAAGUUUUUGUUCAAGAAAAUACUACUGCUGAAACUAUCAUUUCAGCUGUAGAGGCGUUUGAUCCUGACAAAAACGACAUACUGUCGUUUGAUUUAUCUGACAAUCAAAACUUUACGAUUAGAAAUAAUGGAAAUAUUUCUGUUAAAACAAACAUUUUAAAGAAAGGAAAUUAUUCACUAAGCAUUACAGUAAAAGACAAGGUUGGCCUCACAUCCAGUGUGACAACAUACGUUAUUGUUCCUGGUGUCGAGUUUCAAACACUUGUUCCAGAUAGUGUAUUUGAAAAUGUCAGUGUCCCAUUUCUUAUCAGCAACCUCACAACUGAAAUGUAUAAUAUGAAGCUUGUAUACAGCAUCAGUUCGUCUUCAUAUUCUGGGAAAUUUUUGGUGGCAAAAAAUGGCUCAUUGAUGUUGACGGAGGAUUUGGACAGGGAGGUCACAAUGAUUGUUAAUCUCCAUAUUCAAGGCAGAGAUGUGUCUCAUGGUAUCCUCAUCACAGAUAUCAAAAUUACUGUUCGUGUGGAUGAUGUCAAUGAUUGCAAACCUGAAUUUCUGUCGAGCAGUUAUACAGUAACUAUAGAUGAUGUUGUAGCAAAUGAAACAAGAAUUGCGUAUAUAGAGGCAGUUGAUAGAGACGCAGAUGAAGCAAACCGUAAUCUUACUUACAACAUUAUUGGAAAUUACACAGAUAUAUUUUCCAUGGACGGAAACAAGUUAAAAUUGGACAAUUCUGCCCGUCUGAAAACGCAACAGUAUCAUCUUACUGUCAGUGUAACUGAUGGCAUCUUUGAAAACAGUACUUCCGUUCGAGUCAUUGUUUUAGACACUAAUAAUCACUCACCAGCGUUUUCCAAUCGUACCUACAAAUUCUCAGUAACCGAGACAAACAACACAGGGCAUUCCGUAGGUACUGUUUCUGCUCAUGACAAAGACAAUGACAACAAUCGUAAUGGAGAAAUCACCUACGCGCUUUCGGGCGGAAAUAAGGAUUCAGUGUUCGAGAUAAACAGUACCACGGGUGAUAUAAAAACGGUGACUGCGAUUGACCGGGAGGAUAAAGACACAUACACCCUCAUCGUAACAGCAACUGACCACGGGAAUAACCCGCGAAAGGGCACCUGCACAGUGUUAGUGAGUGUUCUCGAUGUCAACGACAACCAUCCAGAAUUUAAAGGAGCAGCAUUUUUCAAUGCCUCGGUUCAAGAAAAUUCACCGAAUGAAACAGCUGUUGUAAUUAUACCGGAAAUAAAUGUGACUGAUAAAGAUAUGGGUACAAAUGGCACUGAAGGAAUAGUCUACAGGCUAAAUGAGAGCGAACCGUUUUGCAUGAAUGAAACGAGACCAACCAUUUUUGUAUGCGGCGAUUUAGACAGGGAAAAAAAAGAUUUGUACCAUUUAGAGGUUAUAGCUCUUGAUUCAAAUGGAAAUAAUGGCUCAUUAGAUACGAGUGCUACGGUUACCAUCUAUAUUCUUGAUGUAAACGACGAAACUCCGCAGUUUACAGAUGUGGUAUAUACAUUCAACGUGUCGGAAAAUACUGACACAGUUGUGAAUGUUGGAAAUGUUUCUGCUACUGAUAAAGACUCUGGCGGGAAUAAGACUUUGCGAUACAGUAUAAUCAGUGGAGACGACAGAAGGUUUUAUGUCGAUACAUUUUCAGGAAUGAUUUAUGCUGGGGGUAAUAUUGACAGAGAAAACCAAUCGACUUUUACUCUGAAUGUGUCUGCAUUUGAUGGCGUCAACAGAAAUUACACAGGAGUUGUAAUUAACGUCACUGACGUCAAUGAUAAUCCUCCGGUGUUUGAAAUGAUAACAUUUCAAGAUUCUAUCAAUGUGAAUAUUGUGGAAGAAACCCAGUAUGGCAUUAUAUUCAAUGCUACAGCAUUCGAUCACGAUGAAAUCGACUCCGACAAUAGCAAAAUUACAUACCACUUCAAUUUUUCUGAUCCAGACAAUGGAACAGAUCUGUUUAUAAUCAACGAUGAUGGUGGUUUGAACUUAACAAGGCCUUUGGAUCGGGAGAAGCGAGACCAUUACGAGGUGACCAUUACUGCGACUGAUAGUGGAUCUCCAAGACUUUCCUCUUCUCUUCAUGUGCAUGUUAACGUCCUGGACAUAAAUGAUAAUCGGCCAGAGUUCUGUGUUGACAGCAGGUGUGAUAAACAUGAAGCUGACUGCUCCACUGUUGAAAAGGCUCCAGUUUCAUCUGUUUUGAUACUGUUAGGGUCAAAAGAUUUGGACUUUGGAGAGAAUGCGUCUGUUUCUUACUCUAUUGAAAAGUCAAAUGUUUCGAAGUAUUUCAGAAUAGAUAACGAAACUGGUGUUGUAUCUGUGGCCGAUGCACUCGUAGUAAAUAACCUCAUACAAGCAGGAAUGCCACAUUCCAGUGAUACAGCAGAUGUACAACUGUCUAUUGUUGCUACAGAUGGUGGUGGUCUGAACACAAGUCUUACACUGCAUGUUUUUGUUGAGCCCAUUAAUGAUGCCGACGUGCCGGUUUUCAAGGAAUCACCUUGUAAAUUCAACGUCAACGAAACAAAUGAGACAGGUAUAGCCGUCGGGAGUUGCAUCGCCACGACAAACGAUACACUUAGUCAGAUGACAUAUGAACUAAUUAGUGGGUACGGAAUACAUUCGGAUGUAUUUAUCAUCGAUCCAAAAACGGGAAAUAUUACGACACAGUCUGCACUAGACAGGGAGAAAACGGACAGAUACGUAUUCGCAGUGCAAGUCCGUGACGGCAGAAUUCCAGAGAGGACAGCAUUUUCUUCUGUUGAAAUCACCAUCAACGAUGUUAAUGAUAACAGCCCAGUUUUUAUGAAUGAAAACAUUACAAUCUCUGUUCUUGAGAAUUCGACAGUAUUCACCCACACAAACGUGACGGCAACCGACAUUGAUGAAGGUCUAAAUGCUGAAAUAUCGUACACGCUGAACACCAACACCAAUGACAGUAUUUUUAUCAACAUCGAUGAAAAGGGGAAGUUAACAUUAAAUGGAACAUUUGACUAUGAACAGAAGAAACGUUAUGAGAUCAUAGUCACGGCUAUGGACAAAGGUAUCCCUCCUCGCACCAGUUCUGCAGAAGUUCAUAUUGUCGUAAUUGAUGUCAACGAUAAUUCUCCAGAAUUUGAAAAUAUCACAGACUUCUACAGACUACCAGAAAAUCAGCCACCAAGCCAGAUAUUCACUGUUUAUUCGACGGAUGAGGACUCCGGAUGGAAUGGAAAGGUUGUAUACAAGCUACAGAACAUUGAAGAUGUCCCAUUUGGCAUAGAUCCAUUCAAUGGCACGGUGUAUUUGCAAGGCAAGCUCGACUAUGAGUCCAAGACAAACUACACUCUCAGUAUUAUAGCCCAGGACCUGGGAUCGCCGCCUCAGUCAACGAUUAAAGAAGUUACUAUUUAUGUUGGGGAUGUAUAUGACUACAAACUAAUGUUUAAGAAGAAUAUAUUUGAUAUAAAUAUUACUCCAACUACACCAUUGAACCAGUCGCUAUUGAAUUUGACAGUCACUGUACCACAAGCAUAUUUUUCUGUCAAAGGGAAGGACUCGGAGUAUUUCAACAUUGAAAAUAGUACAGGCAACCUUUUCCUGGUUAAACCUAUUUCUGCAGAACGACAACUUUAUGCCAUUCAAGUUGUUGCCGAGGACGGACAUGGCCAGAAUGCCUCUUGCACGGUAAUUGCUCACGUUAUGGCACACGACGUUACUUUUAAUACCCCUGAAAUUAAACUUCAUUUGAUGGAAAACCUGAACGAAACAACUGUAUUGGUAGAUCUGAACACAACUGAAGAACUGUCUGGAAACGGUGCCGAAUAUACGAUAUUAAAUGUGCUGCCAACAGGCAAGGAUUUAUUUACUGUGGACCGCACUACUGGAGUUUUGAGAUGUAAUAAGCCAUUGGACAGAGAGGAGCAUGCACAGUACACUAUUCUAAUAUCUGCGCAUGCGUCUGUUACACGCAGGAAGAGAGAAAUACCUAGACCAUCUUCAACUAUAAGAAUCAUUGUUGAUGUUGGUGAUGUAAACGACAAUCCUCCACAUUUUACAUCUGACCAAGAACGAGCGUUCGGCGUUCCAGAUAAUGUCAGGGCAAAUUAUCUUGUGGGUAAAAUCCAGGCCGAGGACCGUGAUACUUCGGACGCCGGUAAGCUCAGAUACAACGUUACAGGUGGUCGUUCAGAUGUCUUUGGCGUUAACAUGGAGACAGGUGAAAUAAGAACAUUGGUCGCCAUUGCAAGUACAAGAAGUAGCAAUUUUUAUCUAUCGAUAAGCGUAUCGGAUGGAAAUGUAUUGAACAAAAAAGCAACAAUAAACGUAACUAUUUUUGUUGUGCCAACAAAAAAUCAACCAAGUGUGUUAGUCAACAUGGCGGUCGGUGAAUUUAACAACAGAAUUGACGCUUAUCGGAAAAAUAUGAGUGAAAUUCUUGGAGUCGUGAUACAGUUCGAGAAAAUAGAAGCACAUCAGGAAGUUGACUCAGACGGUGUGAUUCAUGUUGACCUUUCAAGAACUGAUCUUAUAUUUCACGGAAUCAACCGUACUUCUGGAUUGCUAGUGUCAAAUGAAAGAAUGAACGAGCUUAUAAACAGUAACCUUGACGAACUGGCUCAACUAUUCCACCAGAAGCAGCUAGUUGUCAGUCACGUGAUUAUAGAUGUAAUUGCAGAUCCAUCUGCAAUAUCGACCACACAGAUACUCUUUAUCUGCAUGGCAGUUUUUAUCUUCUUUGGUUCCUUGGCCGCUCUUGUUGUAGCCCAAUACUCUUGGACCAGAUAUGAAACCGAGAGACAAGAAACUGAAAAGGAAGCUGAAAGAAUCAAAGAAGUAGAACUAAGUACAAUAAGAAGUAGGCAAUCCAGUAAACUUUCAUCCAUGAUGGCGGCUGCAGCUGUUAAUCCGGCUUUUGCAGAGACCGAGUUUGUUACCAGCAACGGUCAAAUUACCACUGGAAUGAAAGACAAACCUCAGUAUGAGUCCCAAGAGCUACGAGUAAACUUUGAAGAAGAACCGCUUGAAGCCCUUCUAAAUGCACAAGGUCUAGGUAAUGCAUCACAAAGCGUAAUCGAUAGUGGUGUUGGACAUACUUCAGUACACUCAGAAGAAAAUGGUCUCGACAGAUCUAGUCCUACGCCUGGUCCCAGCUCUGAUGUUGUGGCCUCGGGAAAUACCCAGUUGAAACAACAAGCGCUUGAUGUAACCCCAGCAAAUGGGGAGGUUCCCGUCAUGACAUCUAGUCCUAGAGCAAGCCGCGACUCCAAACCGGUGGAAAAUAGAAUAAUAAUUACCACAGGUCUUGAAAUUCAAGCUGAUGAAAGAAAUUCAGAAAGUAAAGAAGUUAGCGAUACUAACAUCGAAGGAACCAGAACUCGCGGAGCUUCAUUUGUAUUGUUGGAUGCCACAGGAGAAUCAGAAACGGAUGAUACAGUUGACGAUAAUGUAGAGAAUGUUUCCAAAGCCAAAGAAGAAUCCAAAGACGAAACGAACAUCGGACAUAAAUCGGAAGGGUCGUUGAUAACUAAGGCAACUGCAGACUCAAGGGAUGGACUAGAUGAUAUAAUGAAUACUGAGCCUGGAACAAGAAGCGGAGAUGCAUCUAUUGACGGUGAAAGUGCGCAUGAUGGAGAUGCCAUUAUAGAAGCCAACGACGAUACGGAUAUUGAGUGUACGUCAUUUUGAGAUGAUAUGAUUACUAUUAUGACAUAUGCACUGGACUUAAGCCUGCUAAAAUUACAAUAUUAAAACAAAACGUGCAAUACAUAUAUCAUAUCGUAUAUAUAACUAUAUUAUGUAAACAGUAUGUGCAAUAUAUUCAUAUACACCGUUUAAAUCGUGAUUUUUUGUAAAAUGAUAAACUAAAUUGUAUUUGAUGGAAUUUGAUUUCAGCUUGUGAUUUGUUUGUUUAAAGCUGUUUCAAACAUGGUGUGCCUGUUUAAUAGACAGUCAGGAUUUCUAGGCAUUGACAAAGUAAAGUUUUGCUUCAGUUUUUUCUAUUAUUAUUUCAACAUACAUUUUGUGUGUGUACAUACAUCUAUAAUGUAUAUAGCCGCCGUUGUAAUUUUCAUUCAUUACUGAAUUAAAAGAGAUUGAUUGUAGUAAUGUGAGUAUUAAAAGCAUCACCAGACGAAUGUAUAAAAAGUGGCACUUAUGAUAACGAUAAUUUCAAUAAUUAAUUCUGUUUUGAUUAGAUAUUAAAUCAUUUUCUCAGUUCA